AUGGGUCAGAAGGACCAUGUGGAGGCAGGAGACGUCCUCGACUUGGGGUCGAACUUGGAGUAUCUCCACGUAGCGGGGGCUGACCGGCAAGCUGGCGGCGCUGACGGGCCCCCUGCUAUGGAGGGGCAGGAGGAGACCUGCGGCGGCACCACCACCACGGCCAGUUCCCCUCCAUCGGCCUGGAUAGAGGAAAGCGGCGGGCCCGGAACAGAGUGUGAACCGGCGCCAUCUUCCAGCUUCGCUCGUGCUGCAGGCGGUGACUCGGAUGGAGGAGAAGGUGCCUCCGUCUGCAGUAAAAACACCCACCAGCCGCUGUGUCGGACUCCGUGUGUGGACUUGGGCACUGAUGGGCCUCCUGACCCUCCGUCCGAACGUUCAGCUGAAGAAGAACACGAUCCGCUGGACCUGCCGGACCCUCCACCCUCUACUUCUGAACCGGCGCCCGGGGUGAUGGGGAAAGCCUACCAGGCCAAGCUGGAGUUUGCCCUGAAGCUGGGCUACUCUGAAGAGACGGUGCGACUGGUGCUGUCCAAGCUUGGCCCUGACACCCUCAUCAACGACAUCCUGGGCGAACUGGUCAAACUGGGCACCAAGUCCGAUGGCGAGCAGCCUGCUGGAAUAUUAACCUCCGCCUCAUCCACGUCUUCGUCUGCCUCCUCUUGCGGUUGCUCCGACGUUCUGGACGGCCAGCGGUCGGACUCGCCCUGCUCUUCGGAUUCUGUCUGCGAUCAGGACAACCUGCGGCCCAUCGUGGUGGACGGCAGUAACGUCGCCAUGAGCCAUGGCAACAAGGAGGUGUUUUCCUGCCAGGGCAUCCAGCUGGCUGUAGACUGGUUCCAGGAGCGGGGUCACCAGAACAUCACCGUUUUCGUGCCUGCAUGGAGGAAGGAGCAGUCCCGCCCCGAUGCCCCGAUAACAGAUCAGGAGAUUUUGCGUCGCCUCGAGAAGGAGAAAGUCCUCGUCUUCACUCCCUCGCGGCGCGUUCAAGGCCGCCGCGUGGUCUGCUACGACGACCGCUUCAUCGUCAAGCUGGCCUACGAGUCAGACGGCAUCAUCGUCUCCAACGACAACUACAGAGACCUGGCUAACGAGAAGCCCGAAUGGAAGAAGUUUGUAGACGAGCGUCUGCUCAUGUAUUCCUUCGUCAAUGACAAAUUCAUGCCGCCAGAUGAUCCUCUUGGUCGUCAUGGGCCCAGUCUAGACAACUUCCUGAGGAAAAAGCCCAUCAUGCCUGAGCAGAAGAAACAGCCCUGUCCAUACGGGAAGAAGUGCACCUACGGCCACAAGUGUAAGUACUACCACCCUGAGAGAGGAGCUCAGCCUCAGCGGGCCGUGGCCGACGAGCUGCGUGCCAGUGCCAAAACCUGCGCCCCCUCCAAAAACCAGGGGGACUCGGGACUCGUGAAGAGCCACAGCGUGCCGGCUGGAGUCAUAGAGGCCAAAAAAGGUGCUCCUAACAAGAGACAAUCGGAUCCCAGCAUCCGGGCUCUGUCGUACAGCGACGCCGAGGAGAAGCUGCUGGCCAAAGGCCACAAGAGCAGCUUGUGUGGCAGCAGCGGCUCCACCGGGAGUUCGAGCCCGUCUCCGGCCCUGGCGGGACCCCCAUCUGGCCUCGGCCUUCCACAGGACCAACAAUCCAGAGCUGUAACGCACCUUCCAGCCCCCAGCCACGACCUCUACCCUCACUGCGAGUCUCCAGACAUAAGCUACUACUCUGUAACCCGGGCGUACUCCGGCCUGAGCCUUACAUCCCGACGGAGCCCGGACUGCCGCUUCACCAACGACCCAGACCUGCGCCACGGCUCAGUAGGCUCGGCGGGCUCUGAAUGUGGCAGCGAGAGCGGCGUCAGUUGCGGCAGCAGUUGCGACUCCUACAGUGAAAGGUCGUGUCCCGCGUGUCAUCCAGAUCCUUUACUGGAGGACGGCGUUCAUUUUGCAACCCCCCACAGCCGCCUGUACCUCCCCCACAUCUCAUCGAACCACGAGCCGUGCGCUCUGCACGCCGUUGAGUACCAGAACGUUCCACACAGCCACACACCGAACCCAGGACUGCACGCCUACCACCUGAGCCCAGUGUGCGGGCAGAGCUGCAUUCAUGAUCAGCCUCCGCCAGAAGCCCCAUCGAAGCGGCCUCUCUACCCCCUGCCUCCCCAUCUCCAACACCAGCCACUCGCCGCUCGCUCCAGCUGUCCCGGCGACUACCAAUCUCUGCCCCAACCCAACCACCAGCCCCCUGGCUCUCCUCUCGGCCGCUGCCUGGCCCCGACACUAGCCGAGAGCGUGUCCGACUCCCACCUUUAUGAACAUCUGUCUACCACCCACCACCACCACCGGCCUAAAGCUCUGCCUGGCUGGGACUCGUUCUUCAGGCAGCCUCCGCUGCCGUCAUCCAAGUACGAGCCGUCGGCCUUUCAGAGCCUGCCAGACACGCGCCAGUCAUCUUGGCAUGCCCCGCCCUGGCUCCAAGACGGCUACAACCAGCAUCACUCCUCUCACCCGGCUCUCCACCCGUCGCCCACACAUUACCUCAGCCACCCACCACCUCCAGCUCACUCCCCCCACCUGCCUUACGCACCACACAGCUCCCAUCUGGCAGUUCCCUCCCACGCUCCUCCCCCUUACGCACCGCCACACCCGGGGUCACCUGUGCACAGCCGUUACGAGGACAUUAGGGAGAAGGCGUAUGUAAACCUGUGUAACAUCUUCCCCUCAGAGCUGGUGAGCCGCGUAAUGGCCAGGAGCCCCCACGUCACGGACCCCCAGCAGCUGGCUGCUGCCAUACUCGCAGAAAAGGCUCAAACCGGUUACUGAAGAACCCAGAACAGUAGGAUCUUCAGUCAUCUACCAGGAGAGAGAUUCUUGAGACUCUAAAUUGUAAAGACGAUGUGAAAACGCUAACA